UUAAGUAAUUUUUUAAACAGCUGUCAGCUAAAAUAUUUUUUUUUCCCCUAAAAAAUGACAUCUAAUAAUCCACAAGUGGUAAAUUUAACACAACUGACAAUACCUCAGCUGGAUGGUUUGAGGGAGAACAUCGAUGCCGAUAUUGAAUAUUUAACCCAUUCAUUUGAACAACUAGAAAUUGCUCUCAAAAAAUUGCAAAAUUCCUUAAAUUCUGUAGAAUAUUUAGGCAAAAUUAAGGCGGAAUCACAAAUGGCUAUGGUACCUCUUACGCAAAGUUUAUAUGUGAAUGGUGAGAUCAAAUUACCUACAAAACUGAUAAUAGAUAUCGGAACAGGAUAUUAUAUAGAAAAGGAUGUCAAAGAAGCAAAAGAUUAUUUUAAAAGAAAAAUGGAUUUUAUUAGCAGACAAUUAGAUAAAUUUAAACCUGCAUUAAAUGACAAAAUAAGUCUCAAAAAAGGUAUAGAAGAUGUUAUUCAGAUGAAAAUUCAAGCCAUUCUUUCCCUCCAAAAACAACCGACUUCCCCGCAAAAUAAAGAAAUACACGCUAAAUAAACAUUUUUAAAAAAAAAAAUUUUAUUUUUUUAUUUUUUUUUGUGAUAUUUUGAGUGUAAUAGUUUUAUUUUUUUGAAUUAUUAUAUUAUUAUUAUUAUCUUCCAAUGCUUGCAAUAAAUAUCUGAUUUAAAAACAAAUGAUUAAAGAUUAA